UUUAACUACAUUUUCCUUGAGGGUGAAUGGUUCGUGUCAGAGAUUAUAAGCAGGAAGGUAUUUCUGGAUGAAAGAGGUGAUAUGACUGGACACUACAUCUGCCAUAUUAGAAUUCCUUGACAUGGAAAUUGUUCUGCUGUGCAUGAUUUAUACAUUUAUAUCACAUCCAGUAACACUAGGCUGUGAUGAUUCUGUGGCCACCGUCAAAUUUGUGGAGAAAUGUCCAGUCAGCAGCAAAGAAUGGACAGCCAAAGCUGCAGAUAAAGCCUGUCAUGUCGUGAAUCAAUCGUGUACCUCUCCUGAUAAUUUCCAGUAUCACUGUCUUAUGAAUCCAUCAAGAGAUUCCUACGUAGAAGUCUGCGCUCCACCACGAAAUUUAAUAGGUGGUUUAUGUCCAGAAUUUAAUUUGUUUGGAUCACGGAUACAGAAUAAUUACAAUGUGGAAUCGGAUUGUAAACAAUUUUCAUCUCCAUGCCCUACAUAUUACAGAUCAACAGAAGUUUACAAAUGUGAGUAUAUCUUAAUCUAUUUAAUUCAUAAAAUAAAUUUUCAUUGUUUCAUUGAUAUCACAUUUCAAGUAGAGAAUUUCGAAUAG